AUGCAUUACACAGCCUUCGUCGCCGUCGCUGCUUUCUCCAGCGCCGUCUUCGCUGCCGCCAACCCCCAAGAUGAUGUUGCGUCCAUUCUCGAAGCUCUUCGCGCGAACAACCCCGAAGACGCUGAUGCCGCUGCCUCGGCCAUGAAGGUCAAGCUCCGCCGUCAGGACGAUUUGGACUCCAUCCUCGCUGCUCUCGAGGCCAACAACCCUGACGACGCCGCCGCUGCUAAGCAGGCAUCUCCUUCAUCUACCACCAAGCGUCAAGACGACCUGGCUUCGAUCUUGUCCGCACUCGAGGCCAACAACCCCGAUGACGCCGCGGCCGCUAAGCAGGCUGCCCCCUCUUCCGUUGCCACUGCCCCUGCCGUCGCUAAGCGUCAGGACGACGUGUCUUCUAUUCUCGCAGCACUUGAGCAGAACAGCCCUGAUGACGCCGCUGCUGCCCGCCAGAACAUCCAGAAACGCCAGGACGAUGUAGCGUCUAUCCUUGCCGCCCUCGCGCAGAACAACCCCGAUGAUGCUCAGGCUGCCCAGAGCUUGGGAAAGCGAUGGAUUGCAUAG